CGGAGCCGGAGCCCGAGCCGAGAAGGUGGCGCUCGCAGCCGCGUCCCCAGCCCCGCCGCCGCCCGCGCCGAGACCCAGCGAGAGGCGGCGCAGCCCCGGCGCUCCGGCCACCCCCGCCCUCCCGCGCCCAUCCGGCUCCCCACGCCCCUCUCCCUCCCCUGCACCCCUUCUGCCCCCGCCCGUAGCUGCACGCCCCUCUCCCCGCGUCCCUCUCCACGACUCCGCGCGUCCCUCCUUGUGCCCUCUCCUCGCGCCCCACCGCCUCUCCUCGCUGCGCCCCAGCUCCCUGGGCACCUCGCCCCUCUCCGCUGGGCCCCCAGCCUCCUCGUCGCGUCACCCACACCCCCUGCUCUAUCCGCGGCCCCCGCGCCCUCCACCCCCCUUCCCUCUCUCACUUCCCACGCCCCCUCUUCGCGCUCCUCUCUCCUCCCUUUGCCGCCCAGCCCCGGCUCCGGAGUUGGGGGAGAGCCCAGGGUUUCCGUUGCUCCGGAGGAGGCGUGAAUCGCGCAGGGAUUGACUAAUUUGGGGUGGGGGGCGCGGCGGGCGAUGGAACAGCCCGAGGACAUGGCGUCGCUGAGCGAGUUCGACUCCUUGGCGGGCAGCAUCCCCGCCACCAAGGUGGAGAUCACCGUGUCCUGCAGGAACCUUUUGGACAAAGACAUGUUUUCCAAGUCUGACCCACUAUGUGUCAUGUACACUCAAGGGAUGGAGAACAAGCAGUGGAGGGAGUUUGGACGCACUGAAGUCAUCGACAAUACGCUCAAUCCUGACUUUGUACGCAAAUUCAUUGUGGAUUACUUCUUUGAAGAGAAGCAGAACCUCCGUUUUGACCUGUACGACGUUGACUCGAAGAGUCCUGAUUUAUCCAAACACGAUUUCCUGGGCCAGGCCUUCUGCACCCUUGGAGAGAUUGUGGGGUCCCCCGGGAGCCGCCUGGAGAAGCCCCUCAUGAUAGGAGCAUUUAGCCUGAAUUCCAGGACAGGCAAACCCAUGCCAGCUGUUUCUAACGGAAGUGGUCUUUGGAUGGAAAGUUUGAGAACCACUGGUCUGGAAGCCUCCGGUGGCGUCCCAGGGAAGAAAUGUGGCACCAUCAUCCUGUCUGCUGAGGAGCUCAGCAACUGUAGGGAUGUCGCCACAAUGCAAUUCUGUGCCAACAAGCUGGACAAGAAAGAUUUCUUUGGGAAGUCCGACCCCUUCCUGGUGUUCUACAGGAGCAACGAGGAUGGGACGUUCACCAUCUGCCACAAGACCGAGGUCAUGAAGAACACCCUAAACCCAGUCUGGCAAACUUUCUCCAUUCCUGUGAGAGCCCUCUGCAAUGGGGACUAUGACCGGACCAUCAAAGUGGAGGUGUACGACUGGGAUCGAGAUGGCAGCCAUGACUUCAUUGGAGAGUUUACCACCAGCUACCGGGAGCUGGCCCGAGGGCAGAGCCAAUUCAACAUCUAUGAGGUGAUAAACCCGAAAAAGAAAAUGAAGAAAAAGAAAUAUGUGAAUUCUGGCACGGUCACGCUGCUUUCCUUUGCUGUGGAGUCAGAGUGCACAUUUCUCGACUACAUCAAAGGAGGGACCCAGAUCAACUUCACAGUGGCCAUCGACUUCACGGCCUCCAAUGGGAACCCCUCGCAGUCCACGUCCCUGCACUACAUGAGCCCCUACCAGCUGAACGCCUACGCGCUGGCACUGACUGCCGUCGGGGAGAUCAUCCAGCACUAUGACAGCGACAAGAUGUUCCCCGCCCUCGGCUUCGGGGCCAAGCUGCCCCCUGACGGCAGGGUGUCCCACGAGUUCCCGCUGAACGGCAACCAGGAGAACCCCUCGUGCUGUGGCAUCGACGGCAUCCUGGAGGCCUACCACCACAGCCUGCGCACCGUGCAGCUCUAUGGCCCUACCAACUUCGCGCCCGUGGUCACCCACGUGGCCAGGAACGCGGCCGCGGUACAGGACGGUUCCCAGUACUCGGUGCUGCUCAUCAUCACCGACGGGGUCAUCUCGGACAUGGCGCAGACCAAGGAGGCCAUCGUCAACGCUGCCAAACUCCCCAUGUCCAUCAUCAUCAUCGGCGUGGGCCAGGCGGAGUUCGAUGCCAUGGUGGAGCUGGAUGGUGAUGACGUACGGAUCUCCUCCCGGGGGAAGCUGGCCGAGCGGGACAUCGUCCAGUUCGUGCCCUUCAGGGACUACGUGGACCGCACGGGCAACCACGUGCUGAGCAUGGCGCGCCUGGCCCGCGACGUGCUGGCGGAGAUCCCCGACCAGCUGGUGUCCUACAUGAAGGCGCAGGGCAUCCGCCCGCGCCCCCCGCCCGCCGCCCCCGCGCACUCGCCCCCGCAGUCCCCGGUCCGCACGCCCCCUGCCUCCCCCCUGCACACGCACAUCUGAGCCUGGACUGUGGCAGGGCUGGGGCCUGGGGAGGCCGGCAGAAGGCUGCGCGGGAGCCCCACACCCCACUACAGUCCGCCCCGCCCAGCCUUUGGAACGCGUAUGCCUGGGAGGCCGGCAGGGGGCGGGGCCUCUGGAGACUCCUCCCCAAUUUCCUGGCUUCGCUGACGCUCCAAAUCUAGGGAGUUGGGGAGUACUGGUGGUGGAGGUGGGGUUCUGGGCCCCUGCUCUUCUUUUCUCUCCCUGACACCUCGUUCUAGCCCAGCCAGGAAGUUGUUAACAAUCAGGAAUUUGGGGUCCCCCUCAGCCCACCUGGGCAAUCCCUUGUGCUCCUGUAUCACCCUGAAGUCUGGGCUGGGCCCCCCUCCUCCAGGCCCCGUCCUGCCCCCUCCUGUGGUGUCUACUCCUACACCUGGCCCCUAACCCCCCCCCCACCCCCACAGUAUCUGUCGUGUCCCUAGUUCCAGUGAGCCCCGUGAGGCUGAUGGGUUUGCAGGAAUGCCUGAGCAUGUGACCUUCCCGGGGACGCUUGCGUGCAGUGGGAGCCUUGCAGACUGUGGAGGAGAGGCUGUGAGGGUGGACCGUAGGCCCCAUGAUGGGCCAGGAAUGGGGGCUUUUCAGGCACAGAGUCCUUUCUGGUGCGUCUCAAGCCCAGGAUGACACUGGUUCCAGACACACAGAUCCACAGGCUUCUCCUUGGUAUGGGCUCACGGACGCCUCCACAGUUGACUCCCCUCCUCCCCCCAGAGGCUGCUCAGGGUCCUUGGUGCCCACUCCCUGCUGUCCACCUGGAGGCCUGGGCAAGGAGCAGCCCAGCCUCUGUACUCCCACACUGCCCCUCUAUCCCACGGGGAUAGGAGACGGGAGUCCUGAGUUCAAGCCCUGCCUCCGGCCCUGCCUGCUGUGGGAACCCAAGCCAGGCCCUUCUGCCUUCUGGGUCUCGGUUUCCACGUCUGUGAGGCAAGAGGGUUCACCAGGUGGUCCCGGGUUUACCUUCAGCUCUGAUGUCCUGAGAGUCCAUUCAUCCCGUGGCCAGCUCCCCCAUCCCACUCCUCACCAGUGCAGCCCCCUCCCCCAGGCCGUCUUGGCUCUAGGUCCACCCUGUUCCAAGCUGUCACCCCAGAUCCACCCUAGUCCUUCAGCUUGGGCUUUGCCGUCUGAGCCAGGGUCCCUGCCCCUGCUGUGGGAAAGGUGGGCCCUCCCAGCCGCCCAGCCUUUACCCACGUGGGGAGCAGGUCAUGCAUGCCAGUCUCUCCUGCCGCAUGGGGCUCCUCGGCCCUCUGAGCCUCCCGUGCCUGGACAGAGACCAGCCCCCCCGCCCCCAUCUGCUGCCCCACACCGCUCCCUUCCUGUCAUGCAUGAUGGUGGUGUUUCUACACUGUCUGGUCCCGUGCCCGUCUCUGAGACAGUCUCUGUGUGGAAUUUGCCUUAAACUGAAGUAAAUUUGGUU